AAAAUGUUUUAUAGAUUUUUUUAUAGAUUAACUUUUUUAUUCAACAUUUUUAUGAUGAAAUAAAUCUAAUUUGUUACUAAGUGUUUUUUAUGUUGUUUGGUUAGUGUGUGUUAAUACUAAGAUGGAUGAAGUGAUCUAAAUAAAGAUUCUGUUUGUAUGUAAUCAAUUCAUUCUAACGCUGAGUUUUGUGUAUAGCCUACAUUGAUUUUUGUAGAUGGUUGCUCUAAAAACAAAUAUACAUUUCCAGAUGAUAAAUGCUGAUUAGAGUUAUAAAAAAUCCUCUUUGAAAUCUUGGGAAUUUAGUAAACCAGUGAUUAUGGUGACAUGAUCACAGCACCAUUCUUGAAAAUCGUGAACUGGAGUGAAAACAUAACACUGCAAAGGGUGAAAUUAAAAGGGUUAACUAUUACAUUACAUAGAUUUGCUUAUAUAAAUUAAAGAAAUGUUGUCAAUAUCCAUUUAGAUAUCAGAGGGAAAAAAAUCAUUCAGGUAGCAACGGAUGUACUGCCUAAACGGGGUCGUCACGUGGCAACUGUUACUUUUCUCUGAUAGGAUAAGCCAAUCACAGCGAUUACUGCAUUAUCACCGUUUACUGAAUGCUUCUUCCACAUUUUAUAAAAGAACGGUGAGGAGGGGUAUCAUUCGAAUGCAAGUUACUAAUCAUUUUAAUUAGUAUAUUUAAAAUACUGUACAUUGUAAUAUAAAAAUGUUUACAAUAAGACAAAAACGUCCUGAGAUUUGAAUGUGGUCUUAAAAGAGAAUUUUAUUUUACUGUCUUGCCCCUUUCGGGCCUACUUGACAAAGACAGGUAAUAUGUCUCGUAUAGUUGUUAACUACUAGCAUUUCACUUUUUUUGGUGAUUUAUCUUUUUAAGUCACCUGUCAUGUAUUCACGACAAACAACACUGCGCUGCAAUAACGCAGAGAACUGCGGCAUAAAUCCCAUCCAUAUGCUAUAAUGAUUAGUCUUCUAGCGUGUACACUGUUUUACAAUGGCUCAUCAUUUGUCAGUGAAUGAACGGACUGGGCGGCGUUUGCGGUGUAGAUCCGUCAGUUCAAUUGUUGCAGUGUCAGCAGUACAAUGGAUAAAACAUUUACGUUGUAUUCGGACAAAGCCGAAGACGUCGCUACCUCCUCAAGUUUCCGCCAGUUUAAAAUAGAUCAUUUUCAUCUCGAUCUUAAAGUGGACUUUGAGCAGAAAACCAUAUCAGGUACCGAAACAAUACAGCUGCAGUGCACUCAGGAUGGUCAAAGUGAGUUACAGCUGGAUAUUCAUCCGACACUGUCUGUGCAUGAGAUCACAUUCAGUCAUAAUAAUGCACGUGACUGGACCACAACAGAAUUUCUGAUUCGAGACUUCACCAAUUAUGGGACAACUCUGGUCGUGAAGUUUCCAAAAGCUUUCAACUCAGAUGACAAACUUCAACUUGUAAUCAAAUACACAGCUACUGAUGGACCAGGGGUGUGUUGGCUGGAACCAGAGCAGACUUUGGGAAAGCUCAAGCCUUAUGUUUUUACUCAAGGCCAGGCUGUUCUCAACCGCUCCUUCUUCCCUUGCUUUGAUACUCCAGCAGUGAAGAGCACCUACUCGGCAACCGUUCAGGUUCCUGAUGGCUUUACAGCAGUUAUGAGCGCUAGUAAAUGGGAUCAGAGGAAAGCAGACAGCGCUUUCCUGUUCACCAUGGAACAUCCCAUUCCUGCUUACCUGGUAGCUCUGGUAGUAGGGGACCUGCAGUCUGCUGAGGUGGGACCCAGGACACGUGUCUGGACCGAGCCUUGUUUACUGCAGGCUGCCAAGCAGGAGUAUGAUAAUGUGAUUGAAGAGUUUCUGUCUGUGGGAGAGAAACUGUUUGGACCCUACGUUUGGGGAAGAUAUGACGUGCUGUUCAUGCCUCCAUCCUUCCCUUUCGGUGGGAUGGAGAACCCCUGCCUGACCUUUGUCACACCCUGUCUGCUGGCCGGCGAUCGUUCUCUCGCUGACGUCAUUGUACACGAGAUCUGCCACAGCUGGUUUGGAAACCUUGUCACCAACGCCACCUGGGGUGAUUUCUGGCUGAACGAGGGCUUCACCAUGUACGCUCAGCGCAGGGUUUGCAGGGAGCUGUAUGGAGAGGCUUAUACGUGUCUGGAGGCAGCGACCGGUAAAGCUCUUCUCCGUCAGCACAUGGACAACACUGGAGAGGACCAUCCUCUCAAUAAACUACGGGUUAAGAUCGAACCAGGUGUUGAUCCUGAUGAUACCUACAAUGACACGCCCUAUGAGAAAGGUUUCUGCUUUGUUUCCUACCUAGCGCACCUCGCAGGAGAUCAGUCACGCUUUGACGCAUUCCUCAAGGCUUAUGUGGACAAGUUCAAGUUCAGAAGUGUGUUGGCAGAAGAUGUGUUGGAGUUUUACCUGGAGUAUUUUCCAGACCUGAAAGAAAAGAAUGUCCACAAAAUUGAGGGUCUGGAUUUUGACAGCUGGCUCAAUGUCCCUGGUUGGCCUCCAUAUGUUCCCGACCUCUCAGCUGGUCAGGAGCUGAUGAAACCAGCAGAGCUGUUAGCUGAAAUGUGGGUAAAUCAUAACCCAGACUUGGAAUCUAUCUGCAAAACUGAUAUAAAACCAUGGAAGACCUACCAAACUGUCUACUUCUUGGACAAGAUCCUUGAGAAGUCACCACUUCCAGAUGGUCACAUAAAGAAGUUGGAAGAGUGCUACUCGCAUAUUAUUGAGUCCAACAAUGCAGAGCUGAAAUUGCGAUGGGCCCAGAUUGUUGCAAAGAACCAGCAUAAACCAGGCUUCCAACAUAUUCGCAAUUUCCUCAAAAGCCAGGGGAAACAGAUGUACACAUUACCGGUUUAUCGGGCCCUUUGGAAUGGAUCAGAAGAGACAAAGACUCUGGCAUUGGAAGUUUUCGCAGCCACCUCGAAACAGCUUCACUUCAACGUCCGCAAUUACGUCAAAAAGAUAAUAACUUGAGCAUAAAUGAAAUAGGAAGAUAUAAGGGAAACCAAUGUAGCAAUGAUCUGCUUUUAAAAGCACCCGGGUAUCUUAAAAUUGUGGGGGUUUGAGAAUUGACUUGAUUUUGUGAAUUAUAUUUGUGAUUUUAAUAAAUAAAAUAUUUUCCGGGCAUUUAAUUACUUCCACAUGUCUAAAAUGUAUUGCAUUUUUAUAUAAAUAAAUAUAUAACAUUUGUAAAACAAAAAGAAAGCAGAGGACAUUUAUUGUUUGCACUGUUGUUAAUUUAUAUAUUAAAUGAUUGAAUUUUUCGACAAAUGGAAAUUCAAGGAC